GUGAUCCGGCCCAGUGCUCGCGCUGCGCUCUAGACAGCACUUCUCACUGCUAGGUCUCACUGCUUCUCUUUCUGAGUGCUCAACACGACCAAGUGAUUCCGUGCACUGAGAGUUAUGGAGAGCAGAAAGGACGUGCCGAUGAGGACCGAAGGUGGCGCACUGGCCUCGAAUUUCCCCGACGUUCCUGAAGACCAAGAGGAGAAGGCAGCUCCAAGAAACGGUAAUAUCCAGGACUGUUUCCCGUGUUCACGAGACCGAUCGAUGGAGGAAGCGCAAAGCGGCACUAUGAAGGGAAUGAGACUCGCAAGUAAGACGCGUGCGCAGAACCAAGAUCUCUCAGAUCUCCCCAGGAAAGAAGCAAGCAGCUCCGACGAGUCGGAUUUUUAUGACGGGACGGAUGUGACGGAUGUGACGGAUGUGAGCUGCACCCCUGACCGUACGGAUUACCACCACAAUGCUCAAGGUCGGGGGUCUCCGAGUCCCAGUACAGAAAGCACAGUGGACGGUGGGAAAGUGAGCACGUGCCCAGGGGGCAUCGCGUACGGCUCGGAUCAGAUGCGACGCUACCGCACGGCUUUCACCAGGGAGCAGAUCGCUCGGCUUGAGAAGGAGUUUUACAGGGAAAAUUACGUGUCCCGACCCCGCAGAUGUGAACUGGCGGCCGCCUUGAAUUUACCAGAAACCACCAUCAAGGUCUGGUUCCAGAACCGGCGCAUGAAGGACAAGAGGCAGCGGCUGGCUAUGACGUGGCCUCACCCAGCCGACCCCGCUUUCUACAGCUACAUGGUGGGCCACGCGGGCAACCUGCCCUACUCGUUUUCCUCCCAUCUCCCCGUGGCCUACUACUCUCCCCUAACUGGCGUGGCCGCGGGUCCGGUCAGCGCGUCUGGAGCGCCUGCGUUUGCGAGCCCUCUGCGUUCACUGGACACUUUCAGACUCCUCUCUCAUACUUAUCCGCGUCCCGAGCUGCUCUGCGCGUUCCGACACCCGUCUCUGUACGCAAGCGCGGGUCACGUCCUUGGGAACGCGUGCACGUGCCUCGGGUGUCAAUCCAGCGGGAGCGCGCAGAGGUCGCCGACGAACGCAGAAGUCGCGUGCGCGCCUUCGACCAGAGACGACGCGUUCCUUAUGUUCUCCCCGGCUUUCCUCAACAAGUCCCCGGAGCAGGUCCCCAGAUAACCUGACACGCGAGCAUUGUCCUGGACAUUUUUUUCUCUGUUUUGACCACGUUUUAUAACAAUGUCCAAAAUGCCUCCAACAACCUGCUAUGCAAAACAUGAAGCUGGUCUUUGCGUCAUGAAGGACAUGGAGGACAUUAUUACAGUAGACAUGGAGGACAUGUUGAUUACAGUAGAAUGUGUUAGAGAAAGCACCAAGCAGUUGCACUUAAAUGAAAAUGGAAAAUAAAGUCAUUUCCGGUGCUUUAAAACUGGAAAGACUGAAGGACACAAUGCUAUAAUUUAUACUUUUAUUUUAUUACAUGAUUCAAUCCACCCAAAUUGUGUAUUCUUUUCCUUUUCUUUUUUUUCUUUCUUUGUUGUUUUUGUUUUGUUUUGUUUGGGAAGUGUGGAAUCGGGUAGAUGAUAAUAGCAAUUUAUGAGAGGUGUAUUCAUAUAGAAGAAAUAUUUUCAUCUUUAUUUAAUGACAAAGUAAAUCGAGAAGUCAGAUGUUGAAUGUUUAAAGGAGUCGCAGAAAUGAACAGAAGAUGUAACUUAACAUACAGGACCAAAAAUACCCGAUUUUAUUAUUAAUAAUAAUUAUAUUAUUAUCAGAUAGAUCCUGACCUGGAGAUAUGGGCAUGCAGAAUUCAGCUUUUUUUGGAAAUGUUUUGGUUGUCGUGUAUAACAUUCGUAAUAAAAACUCUUUUGAAAUA